UCUUCGUUGCUCAAUGCUCCUACCUGAUGUCCCUGAUUCGAAGCUCGGAUAUUCCAUUAAGUAUUUCAUAUUAUAGUAGUUCCAGUUCAUGUCAGGGGAGUCCAACAAUUGCUGAUACGAUCCAAGUUGAUGAUUCCAGUCUUGAAACUCCUAUCAGUCUUUAUGAACUCUUCAACAAAUAUUUGGGAAUAUCUGUGCCUUCUGAAGCAGAAGACGUAACUGCCCAAAUUACUGGAUGUGGAAAUAAUAUGAACCUUAAGCUCUGCUAUUCUAGUAGCUGUAAAACGAUUCCAUUAAACGAUUGCAUUGACAUUGACCAAGUUGUAAAAGACUUGAUUGGAUUCAAUCCUUUUGGAGAUUUAGGGAGCAUUGACAUUGGACUUACAGGACCAUCCUGUUCAAGCGGAAUCCACUGUUUCUCAGCAGAUUCAAAAGUUAGCUUGGAUGACUUUCAAGAAAUCGACAUGAGAUUCUUAAGAGUUGGCCAUAAGAUUUUUACAUACGAUACCCAACUACACAAGACACGAAAAACAGAAGUUAUUGGAUGGUUGGAUAAAAGAGAUGACAUUGCUGUCAGCUUUCUACACAUAACUCAUGAAAUGGGACAUUUGAAAGUAUCGCCAUAUCAUCUUCUCAUGCGAGUUGGUUCAAAUAAUCAGGUUGAUCACGUAUAUGCAAAGGACAUCAAGAUAGGCGACCAGUUUUUCUUUUAUAAUACCUCUCAUUCCAAGUCCAGUCAGGUGACUUACAUUCAGCAGGUUAGGGAAGUUGGUGCCUUCGCUCCUCUCACUUUGGAUGGAACAUAUUUAGUGAACGGUGUACUUGUUUCAUGUUACGCACACUUUGCAUCUCAUAAAAUGGCUCACGUUGCAUUCGCACCAUAUCGUCGUUACCACUUGCUAUUUGGCAAGUUGUUCAGGUCCCAACUUGGACAUUAUAUUCAGUUGCUCAAAAGUAUAUCAAAAUGGAGUAGCAAUUUUCGUUUAUCUAAAGGAAUCAUUGCCUAAAUGAUGCCUAAGACAAGUAUUUGUUGGUAUAUUUCAGUAUCUCUCAUUGUUUGCUUCGUUUCGGCUAGUAAAAUAUCGUUUCUCUUG